AUGGCCAAGCUCGCCGCGCAACUGAAGAGCAAGUUCUUCGGCCUCGUCGGCCGCUUCACCGUCUGCGGCCGCGCCGGGCACAAGGACGCACUAGCUGCUGGUGAGCUCAAGGCAGCAUCAUCUGAGCAUGUUGAGAUCAGGUCAAGAGGAGGUUCACCAGGCAAGUCGGCAGGGUCCGUGCCUCGUAGCCACUAA